CGGAAAUGGAUCAACUGAAAGUGUCUAGAGAACUAAGACUUGACCAUUAUCUUCAACCAGUGCUGCCCGGAUUCAGGCUGGGAGACUGCAUCGUUCACCUUUCUGCACGAGAACGCGAAGACACCUGAAGGUCGCUUAAGCUGGAGCCUGUAACUGCAUAAAGUCGUGCCAUCCACCAUACGAAUCGAGUCUGAGGACUAUAGGCCCACCAUCUUGACCGGCGACAAAACACACCGCGUAGCGUCGAGAAACAACAUGGUUUCAUUUGCCAAAGUUCUGACAGAGGCACGGCGACUCCAAAGAGCGCAAACAUCCCCGCGCCAUGAAGGGGCGGGAACCUUUCCUCCGCCAUCGUUCCUGCGACCAAAUGAACAGCGAAUGGUUGCGCGACCGGAAGCGCCCAUCCCGUCACGAGAACUCGUAAGACGUCGACGAGCAGCAAAUGCAGCUCAUGAUGCACCCCAAAUUCGAUCCAAGUUCUAUAUCGUACCAAGUCCAACAGGCACCGACCCGACAUUGAUCAGACUUGCGGAACCAAGACACGUCAUUGAGUGUAUGGGACAUGAUAAGCCCGCCCCACAACUCGAUUGCCCAGAAGUGGACGACUUCUUUCUGCUCAAGGACGCGGAUGUGAUGGAAGAUGAGAUCUGGUUUGCUUUGACGCCGGUCACCCGAUUCUGGAACCCCAGCGCAGCGUAUGAGGCGAAACGCAUUCUGGACAAAAAUCGAUUCGAUUGCUUACUGGUCAUCGGACUAUGUCGCGACAGCACCAGAUUGAGUCUCCACCUUUUGAACGACUACUGCACGGGCCGCAUACUCGGGCCUUGGAGAUUGGCUGAACAUACGCUAGACAGCUUGCUCGAAUGCAAUGGCUGGGUAAAGAUUAAAGACGGUAUACACCCAGAGAGGGUGUCUCUCGCCAUCGGCCGCGCUUUCCACAACGGCUACCGUGUACUGCAGCGACCUGGAUCGGACGCUGAGUACCAGGGGAUCAUUGUAGUUGGUGCCUUUGCGACGCAUCACAAAUUGGCGCGGUUGAGAGAGGUCGACUGGAUUAUCUUGCACGAAGACGUCACAACAAUGCUGGAAUACAUUUCCAGUAAGCCCUUACGUCUCUCAUAAAACGGCAAGACUGUACGAUGAAAUAGUCCUAGAUGGUAUUUAUCACUCUCAAGUCGUAACGUUCUUUCCUAGAGCACGUGAGAAAGACUUGUCGACUGAGACGGUUGAAAUGUAAUGCUCGCACUCUUAGUAGUUGGGGCUGACUCCUUGAACCUCGCAGCUGUUAGGUAGAGUGGACUGAUG